CAUGGGAACCGGGUGCGGGCCCCAAAUGCCCACGUCCUCCCGUUUGGACGCUUGUGCGGCCCUCUCCAACCUAUUUGCCUGGCAGGCGAAGCUAAUGAAGCCCGAAGCCCUGCCUGACCCCACCUGACUGGCAUCUGGCACCCAGGCAGCAGAUGUGCAUGGAGCAUCUCUGAGGUGCCGAAUUGGGCGGCAAACAGGACAGACUAUCCUCCCAGAGCUGUGCUCUGGAAGAGGAUGGAUCCACUGGAAUUAGAGACUUCCUGUACUGAACAUGAGAACCAAAGUGGGCUCCGGAAUGGUUCCUAAGGGUCCAGGAUGUUCUCUGAGGGACUUGUGAUGAACCAGGCUGGCUGUUCACAAACGGAGGAGGGUCUCCCCCAUGCUGAGGCCAGAUGCGUGGGCAGUUUCCAGAAGGUUCCCACGGCUCUCACAGCUCUGCACGUGGCAGUCCUCCUGUGAGGAUGUACUGGGGCUCAGUGAUGCACACAGGCCUGUGUGAGGCAUCGCCUCCCUGGGCAGGGCAGGGCGGACGUCCUGUCAAACCUGCUUAUCUGCUGCUGUUUAACCGAGACUGUCACAGUCGUCCCUUCUGGAGGACCUGAAACGGCAGCGUGGAGUUGGUCCUGAGGAGAGCAGGCUUUGGGACCUGAACUUUGAGUUUUGGAGCAAGUCACGUGAGGUGAAGUAGUAGUCAUCGGAUCACCGUGGCACUGGUUUGGCAGGCUCUUCCUGCCCAGCCCUGUCCCGCUGCCCGGAAUCCUGCAGAGGAGCCUGCAACAUGCAGCCAUGCAGCCAGGAGGGGACACCGGUGACCACGGCACCAUGAACAGUUCCUGCACAGAGGAGCGUAAGCAUCUUGGAUCCCCAGCCAUGGCGGAACUGCGCCGGACCAAUUCCUCGCUGACAGCUCUGGACGAGGAGAAGCUGUGGGAGAUGAUGGAGAGCCACCGUUACAAGAUCGUGCACAGCAUCUGCCCCAGCCGCCUCACCCCCUACCUGCGCCAGGCCAAGGUGCUGGGCCAGCUGGACGAAGAGGAGGUGCUGCACAGCCCCAGGUUCACCAACACCGCCAUGAGAGUCGGGCACUUGCUGGACUUGCUGAGGACACGGGGGAAGAACGGGGCCCUCGCCUUCCUGGAGAGCCUGAAGUUCCACAGCCCCGACAUCUACACCCUGGUCACCGGGCUGCAGCCCGAUGUGGACUUCAGCACCUUCAGUGGACUCAUGGAGACGUCUAAGCUGACCGAGUGCCUGGCCGGGGCCAUCAGCAGCCUGCAGGAGGAGCUGAGCCAGGAGAAGGGGCAGAAGGAGGCUCUGGUGCAGCAGUGCCGGCGGCUGCAGGAGCUCCUGGGCCAGGCCGAGGCCCGUGCUGAGGGCCUACACCAGCUGGAGGCCGACCACAGCCGCAUGAAGCGUGAGGUCAGCGCCCACUUCCACGAGGUGCUGAAGCUGAAGGACGAGAUGCUCAGCCUUUCGCUGCACUACAGCAACGCACUGCAGGAGAAGGAGCUGGCCACCACACGCUGCCGCGGCCUGCAGGAGGAGCUGUAUCUGAUGAAACAGGAGCUGCAGCGGGAGAGGCUGUCGGCCUCCUGUGAGCGUGAGUUUCGAGAGCGGUCUCUGAAGAUGGCUGACGACCCAGAGCCAGGAGCUGAGGAGCUGAGCCGGCUGAGGGAGGAAAAUGAGAAACUCCGCUCGCUGACCUUCAGCCUGGCGGAGAAGGACAUCCUGGAGCAGAGCCUGGACGAGGCCCUGGAGAGCAAGCAGGAGCUGGUGAGCCGCAUCCACUCACUGCGGGAGCGUGCGGCAGCUGCCGAGCUGCAGCGGAAGCAGUACUGGGAAGAGAAGGAGCAGACCCUGCUGCAGUUCCAGAAGACGAAGAUGGACUGUGAGCUUUACAAGGAGAAGAUGACUGCCCUGCAGAGCCAGGUGGCUGAGCUGCAGAAGGAGCGGGACCAGGCCUACUUGGCCAGAGAUUCAGCCCAGGUGGAGAUUUCUCAGGGCCUGACAGAGAAGGAUGCCCUCCGCAGGAAGGUCUUUGAGCUGACAGACCAGGUCUGCGACUUGCGCCAGCAUCUCCGCAGGCUGCAGGCCAAGUCACCGCAAGAGCCCAGGCAGGAAGCGGGGCCCAAGGAGCCCUGUCGGAGGGGAAAGCAGCGGCUCAUGCGCAUGUUCGCCAUCUGCCCCCGGGACAGCAGUGACCUCAGCUGCCUCAGCUCCUCCGAGUCUCAGCUCUGGUCGGACCUGAGCGCCACGUCCAGCCGCGAGCUGGUGGACAGCUUCCGCUCCAGCAGCCCUGUGCCUCCCAGCCAGCUGUCCCUGUAUAAGCGAGCCACAGAGGACUUCCGGGAGGACCCCUGGUCUUUCAGUGGCUUCUCAGAAAUCCUGGAGGGGGACUGGGGAGCCUCCCCGGGAGCUAAGGUGGGUGACGCAGACCUGGAUUACGAGAUUGUAGACAGGACAGACCUUCUGGAGUCUGAGAGCAUCCCGCAGCCCAUCUCCAGGGGUCUCUGCGUCUCAGCCAGCAGUGCCCCAGUGCGGCGGAGGCCGGCCCGAAAGAUCCUGAGCCAGGUCACAGUGCUGGCCUUCCAGGGGGAUGCAUUGCUAGAGCAGAUCAGUAUCAUCGGUGGGAACCUCACGGGCAUCUUCAUUCACCGGGUGACCCCAGGCUCGGCAGCAGACGAGAUGGCCUUGCGCCCAGGCACCCAGAUCCUGCUGGUGGAUUGUGAGGCGACAGACCCCUCCUUCAAGGCCGCCCUGGAGGGCAGGACCCUGGAGCAGGCUGUGGGACUUCUCCAGAGGGUGGAUGGCUUCUGCUGUCUGUCUGUGAAGGUCAACAUGGAAGGUUAUAAGAAGCUGGUCCAGGACCUGGAGGCCAAAGUGACCACAUCAGGGGACUCCUUCUAUAUCCGGAUCAACCUGGCCUUGGAGGGGCGAGCAGAGGGGGAGCUGCAGGCACACUGUGGUGACAUCCUGCAUGUCACUGACACCCUGUUCCAGGGCCGCAGCUGCUGGCAUGCCCACCGUGUCAGCCCGUACAGCACGAGAGACACGGAGCACGGCACCAUUCCCAACUACGCACGGGCUCAGCAACUGCUCAUCGCCCUCCUGCAGGACGUGGCUCAGCAGAGCACCACCACCCGUAAGCCAUCUUCUGGAGGACCCCAGAAGUUGGUCCGCAUUGUUACUGUGGACAGGACCAAGGCCAGCCCCCUGUGUUCAUCCUUUGAUGGGGCCCAGUCAGACCCCAGCGGGCUGGGAGAUGCCUCCACCGGGUGCUUCUGGGCGGAGAGCUGCGUCACCCUGGUGCCCUACACACUGGUGCGCCCCCACAGGCCCAGCCGGCCCCGGCCCGUGCUCUUCGUGCCCAGGCUGGUCGGGAAGAUCCUGAGUGAGAAGCUCUGCCUUCUCCAAGGGUUUAAGAAAUGUCCAGCAGAGUAUUUGAGCCAGGAGGAGUAUGAGGCCUCCAGCCAGAGAGGGGACAUCGUCCAGGAGAGGGAGACAUCCAGCGGCCACCACCGGGUGACCCGCCCAGCUGUGGAAUCCCUCAUGGAGAAGAACACCCACGCCCUCCUGGAUGUGGGCCUGGACAGCGUGCGUGCCCUGCACAGGAUGGAGAUCUUCCCCAUCGUCCUCCACGUUGCCAUCAAUGAGAAGGCGGCGAGGAAACUCAGGAAGGCCCUGCAGCGGCUGGGCACCUCAGAGGAGCAGCUCCUGGAGGCCAGCAGGCAGGAGGAGGGUGAGCUGGACAGAAUGCCCUGUCCCUACUGCAGCCUGGCCCCCGAUGGCUGGAGCGACCUGGACAGCCUGCUCGGCAGCGUCCGCUUUGCCAUCUCAGACGAACAGAAGAAGGUCGUGUGGACCGAGCCGAGCCCCCGCUGAUGCCCACGUCCUCUCCCAGGAUGCGUGGACCUUUGAGCAUGGGCCUCGCAGGCACAGCUUUGGGGUGCUCGCCGUACAAGCUCCCAUUGGCUCCCCUCUCACUGGAGUCUGACCAUGAACCUCACCACGUGCAGGUCACAAAUGGGCAAACUGUCUUCUCAUUUCUGUUAAAACGACCUCCCCUCACCUCACCAGGCCUGGGCAUGGUCUGAACUGGACACCCUGAGAACGUUCCCACAUGGGGUGUCUUUGGCAUUCUCCCCAGAGCUGAGUCUGGAUGUCUUCAGACAACUGCCCGUCGGACUGACCACUGCACUUCCUUUUGUAUUUCAGUGCGUCAGAGGGCUCUAGGUGAGCUUGUACCUCUGCUCUGGGCAGGGGCAUGACCUUGGGGGCCACCAGGGCUGCCAGCCGCCACCUCAGUGGGUUUGGGAUUCAUGUAGCCCUGGCUGUUCUCUGCUUCUCACUAUUGAGAUGCCUCAGUCACUCCUGUUUACAGAGACUAUUUACCCCUGAAUAUCGUCUCCAAGUGAUGGAAAGUGUCCUGGCCCAGGGACCUCACAGUCUUCUCCACAGGGUGCCGGCUGGGCUCCUCCCAGGACCGGGAACUGACCCUCUGCCCGGAGUCCCACCCAGGCCCAUCUCAGGCCACCUUGACUCCAGCUCCAGGGCUCAGGCAGGGUCCCCAGGACCCCCCCAGACUGAAUGUCAUUGGACAGCAGCGGCCCCAAAUCUGAGUGCCCAGGAAGCUGCUCUGGAACUCAGGGAACCAGCCUGAGGGUGGGGACCUCAACCCUGGACAUGAGAAGGUGGAUGACCACAGGAUCAAACUCAUCAUUUGGGCCU